AGGUUACUGAUCUGACCAAAUACCAUAAAACCACUACUUAAAUCAAAAAGGGACAAAGUCCCAAAUGCUUCAUUUCUACAUUAAUAACCAAACAAGUAAUACAUUACAACAGAAUACCGUGAAUCUGAUGGGGUUGCAGGUCAAUACUAACACGUGCAUGUAGCCCACAUGGCGUUAGCGCCACCAGGUACAAAGCAUCUGCUUAAUUUUACGUAUUUAAUAUGAUUAUUCAACAUUGCGUAAGCAGAAGAUAACAACAGUCGUUAAUAAACUACCUCUGUUUAGAUUUUAUUGCAUUAGAGCUUGAAGCUGGAGAGUCACAUUAGCAUGGGUUAGCACAGACACACCACGUGUUUCUCCAGCGGAUCAAAUACUCAGCGAGUGCCACUUUUAAAACUGAUCAACAUCUCAUAGCACUGCGAUCGGUACCAGGACAUCGAUCCUAAACACUAACGAGAGAUGCGCAGAGCAGUUACAAGAUGUCUGAUGCUGGUGUGUGUUGUUGCUCUUCUGGCCGAGCAGGCAGAGGGACACAUCGCUUUCUUCAGCCCUAAAGAGAUGAGAGAGCUCAAGGAAAAGGAGGGAAGGAAUGAUGCUGAUCUAAGAGCAGAGGGGGGUUUGAUUGAUGAAAUGUCUUCAGAUGGAGAUGAGUCAGUGGCCCAGCCUGUGGAAAUAGGACUGAAGCUGACUGCUAAAAAGGGCCAGAUCGGAUCUGCUUUUGGUAAGAUGCUGCAGAGCAUCAUAGAAGAGCCAGAGACUGUGAAAUAAGACCAGCAUUUUUAUCUGCAUUCAUUGACUAUUGCAGACUGGUGAUUCAACAAUUUUUGCAAGCACACAUGUUUUGUCUACGAAUGUAAUAAAAUUUUAAUAAAAUUAAAUUGCAUGCAAA